AUGGAGAUCCCGGAAGAACACAGGGUGAAAUUGGUUGCCUUUCGACUGAAGGGAGGCGCAUCUGUCUGGUGGAAACGGAUGAGAGAAACCCGGAUCAGAGAAGGAAGAGGUCCUAUUCGAACCUGGAGGCGCAUGAAACAACUAAUAAGAGGUAGAUUUUUACCCCCAAAUUAUGAGCAAUACAUGUUUGAAUCAUAUCAACGAUGUGCGCAGGGUUCAAGAAGUGUUAAUGAAUAUACAUCUGAAUUUCUAAGAUUGGCUGAACGAAAUCAGCUAUCUGAAAGUGAUAACCAGCAGGCAGCCUGUUAUCUGAGCGGCUUAAGGCCAGCUAUCAGAGAUAAAAUUGGCGUCCAGAUGGUUCUUAGUGUACAGGAAACAAGGAACCUAGCCUUGAAGGCUGAAUUAAUGUUCCAAGAGAAGACCCGAGGUGAUAAUUACCACCGGUACAGUGGGAGCGACAGACCGACAACUGUCGACAAGAACAAAUCAGCCCCAGGAGUACAGCCUUCUCACCCGACGAGUACAACUAACGCCGGUAAGGCCAUCACGGGAGGAAAUACUCGAGUUGGGCAUAGGUCCAGUGACUAUCCCAGACGGAAGGCAGUUAACAUGGUAGAAAGGGAGGAGGAGGAAGAUGUUGAAGAGGAAGUAUAUUGUGGACCUGAUGGAGAAGACGAGGAAGGUUCCUGUGAGCAUGAAGAAUACACGGAUGUCAUACAGAAAUUGCAACUAAUUCCUGAAAAACAUCCAAACCCAUACACAAUUAGGUGGAUCAAGGAAGUCGGCGGCGUAUGGGUGGAGGAACGUUGCAAGGUUCCAUUCUCCAUCGGUAAGUACUCUGAUGAGGUAUACUGUGAUAUUGUAGAUAUGGAUGCUUGCCAUAUUUUGUUAGAGAGGCAUUGGCAGUUUGAUACAGAUGCAAAACACCUGGGUAGGAAGAAUACCUACCAACUAGAGAAAGAAGGUGUACGUUACACCUUAUUACCUAUGGCAGAAAGGAGUACCCCAAAGGCCCCAAAAACAGAUGAGAAAAAUUCCCUUACUAUUAUGCAUCACCAUGCUGAAUUUGUAAAAGAAUGUAAGGAUACCCGCGAGGUCCACUUGUUGGUAGUGAAGGGAGAAAGUAAGAAUGAGACACUGGAAGGAAAUAAAAUUCUAGUGGAAGUGCAGGAACUACUUGAUGAGUUCCAUGAUGUAGUUUCAGAUGAGUUACCAAAAGGACUCCCACCCAUGCGAGAUAUACAACAUCAUAUUGAUUUUGUUCCUAGUGCUAGCCUAACUAAUCUACCACAUUACAGGAUGAGUCCUAAAGAGAAUGAAAUCUUACGAGAAAAGGUAGAAGAAUUGUUGAAAAAGGGACAUAUUCAAGGGCUAUUGUCCCAAGAGAAGAUACCCAUUGCCUUCUUUAGUGAAAAGUUAUGUGAAGCCAGGAAGAAGUGGUCCACCUAUGACAAGGAAUUCUAUGUUGUAGUUAGAGCAUUAAAAACAUGGGAACAUUAUUUAAUUGCAAAAGAAUUUGUUCUUUACAUCGAUCACCAAGCUCUUAAGUAUCUCAGUAAGCAAAAACAGUUGAGGAGUGAUCUGCAUGCAAGAUGGUCUGCUUUCCUUGAUAAAUUCCCAUACAAAAUUAUGUAUAAGGCUAGGCAGCAAAACACAGUGGCCGAUGCUCUCAGUAGACGUGUCGCCCUCAUCAAGACCCUCAGUGUUGAAAUUGUGGGCUUUGAGUGCUUGAAAGACCUAUACGCCCAAGAUGAGGACUUCCAACAGGCGUGGGAAAAAUGUAUGAAUCGACAGCCAGUAGGUGAUUUCUACAUUCAUGAUGGGUUUCUUAUGAAAGGGGAACAACUGUGCAUCCCUUGCACCUCCCUCCGCGAAAAGAUCAUCAAAGAUCUACAUGGGGGUGGAUUAGCAGGACACCUUGGAAGAGACAAAACAAUUGAAGCAGUCAAGGGGCGUUACUACUGGCCGAAAUUAAGAAGGGAUGUGACCACUAUUGUGAGUAGAUGCUAUAUCUGUCAGACAGCUAAGGGACAGGCCCAGAAUACUGGCCUCUACAUGCCUCUACCUAUUCCUACUGCGAUUUGGGAAGACUUGCCCAUGGAUUUCGUGCUAGGUUUGCCAAAAACUCCCAGAAAUAUGGAUUCCGUCUUCAUAGUGGUUGACCGGUUCUCAAAGAUGGCUCAUUUUCUUCCAUGCAAGAAGACAGCGGAUGCAACAGCGACAGCCAAGUUAUUUUUCAAAGAAAUUGUCCGUUUACAUGGGGUACCUAAGACCAUCACAUCAGACCGAGAUACGAGGUUUCUAAGUCAUUUCUGGAUGACCCUGUGGAGGCUAUUUGACUCAUCAUUGAAUUUCAGUAGUACAGCCCAUCCGCAGACGGACGGACUGACAGAAGUGGUGAAUCGGACCCUUGGUAAUUUGAUUCGCAGCAUCAGUAGGGAGAGACCGAAGCAGUGGGAUUUUGCCAUAGCACAGGCCGAGUUUGCCUACAAUAAUGCAGUCCACAGCUCUACAGGUAGAUCUCCGUUUUCCAUUGUCUAUAUGAAGGUUCCUAAUCAUGCACUGGACUUAGUGAAGCUACCCAGAGUACCCAAUGCCUUGGCAGAACAGCUGGCAGAGCAGAUCCAGUCCGUCCAAGAUGCCGUAAAGCAGAAACUGGAGCAAACCAACGCAAAAUACAAGAUGGCGAAAGACAAGCAUCGUCGGCACCAAGUAUUUGACGUCGGUGAUGAAGUUAUGGUGUUCUUGAGAAAUGAACGGAUUCCCGGGAAAGUAUAA